UGGGAGCCUGGCGGAGGUUCCGACGUACGUGGUGGACCUGCGCAGCGACACGGUGACCAAGCCCGGGCCGGCCAUGAGGCGCGCCAUGGCCGAGGCCGUCGUGGGGGACGACGACUACGGCGAGGACCCCACCGUCCGCGCUCAGUCUGACACAUCACUCGAGAACCUGUUAGAAAUGCAGAGUCUCGGGUCCCACACCGGACCUUCGGAGCCAGAAUCUGCAAGUUAACAGGAUCGCCGGGUGGUUUGUGUGAUCACUGAAGUGCGGCCCCACGACAUGAUGAGAACCGGUGUUAUCUCAUCUUGCAGAGGAGGGCUUUGAGAAGCUAAGCCAGGUGCUCAAAAGCAGGACUCGAAUUCAGGUCUUCUCACUCCGGAACCCUUGGCUAUUGUCCUGCACCCACCACCUUCCCACAUGAAGACAACAGAAAACCCAUCUAGAAAAGGGUUUCUCCACAGGCUGCUCCUCCAGAGGAAGCUGCAGGCCACGGCUGCGGAGCUGCUUGGGGUGGAGCAGACCCUGUUCGUGCCCACAAACACCAUGGCCAACCUCAUCUCUGUGAUGUGUCACUGCCGGCGCCGGGGCUCCCAGCUCCUCCUGGGGCAGGAAUGCCACCUCCAUGUCUAUGAGCAGGGCGGGGUGGCUCAGAUCGCAGGGGUGCACUCCCACCCCCUCCGAGACCUGCCCUACGGCACCCUGGACCUGACUGAGCUGGAGAGGCUGGUCACACGGAGCCUUGGGAGCCCCUACCACCUGGUCUGUGAGCUCAUUUGCCUGGAGAACACCCACAGCAGCUCGGGGGGCCGGGUCCUCCCCUUGGAAUACCUACGCCAGGUGCACUUGCUGGCCCGAAGCCAUGGGGUCCGUGUCCACCUGGACGGGGCGCGGUUGAUGAAUGCCGCGGUGGCUCUGGGCGUGCCCCCAGCCCGCAUCGUGGAGCACUGUGACUCUGUGUCUCUCUGUUUUUCCAAGGGCCUUGGUGCACCAGUGGGGGCCCUGGUUGGGGGAUCCAAGGACUUCAUUGAAGAAGCCUGGCGCCUCCGGAAAGCCCUGGGUGGAGGGAUGCGCCAGGCGGGGGUGCUGGCCGCAGCUGCCCUGGUGGGACUGGCUGACUCCGAGGAGAUGCUGCAGAGGGACCACCAGAACGCCCAGAGAUUUGCCAAAGGAACUGGCGUCCCGCGUCUGCUCCGUGGAUCCCACCGCCGUGGAGACCAACAUGGUGAUGGUGAGAGUGGACGGGCUGCCGCCCGAGGAGCUGUGCCGGCGCCUGCAGGCCGUGAGCGCGGACGAGGCGGCCCAGACCGGCCGCGCGGUGCGCGUGCUGGUCUUCCCCUGGACGGAGCGGUCGGUGCGCGCCGUGUGGCACCGGGACGUCUCCGCGCAGGACACAGAGCUGGCGCUGGGAAAGUGGGCGUUCGUGCUGAGGACCCUCCGCCUUGGCCAGGAUGGACGGAGCUGACGAGGGCCGGUGUCUCCAGCGAGCCGGCGGAAGGAGAGGCAGUAAAACCCCACCCCCGUCCUCUGCUGGUCUCCUGGGACCCCCUCACUCCCGUCACACGCGGGGUGAUGCCUUCCACCUGUUCAUUCAGCAGACCCCACGUGCUGCUGUGUCUGGGAUGGGGGCCCAAGCUUGCUGGGACAGAUGGGACACCCGCCACAGCCCGGGGGGCAUGAGAGCAUUUCGGGGACCAGCAGGAGGAAGAACGAGAGGACACAGAAAGGGACACCGGCGUCGGGUGGCCUGGUGGGGGGCUGGGGCUUCACCUUGCAAUCGUCUGACUUUUUAAACAAUAAGUUUCUUUUUGCUUACAAAUUAAUGUCAUUACUGCACAUAAUUUGGGACUGGAUCUCCUUUCUAGCGACUCCUGGGGUGAUUUAGACUCGGUGGUUAAGACCACCCUCCUCUGAGUCCCUCUGCUGUCCACCUGAAACUACCACAUUGUUAAUUGGCUACAUGCCAAUA